AUGGCUCCCGCACACGAGUCCCCUACUCAAUGCCCCAAGACCGUCUCGGCCGAUAUCAUCAUCGUCGGCGGUGGCUUCGGAGGGUGUUACGCGCUGCACUCGCUGCGUCAAGCCGGAUACCAAGUCAAGCUGAUCGAGGCCGGCAGCGAUCUCGGUGGAGUUUGGCAUUUCAACUCUUACCCCGGCGCGCGGGUGGACUCCGAGGUGCCUCUUUACCAGCUCAGCGUACCAGAGGCCGCUCGAUCCUUCAACUUCACCGAGCGCUUCCCUGAUCACAUUGAGCUCCGCCGAUACUUUGCUCACAUGUCCAAGGAGCUGGACUUGCAUAAGGAUGCCAUUUUCAAUACUCGUGUGAUCAACGCCACUUACCAUCAUUCAUCCACUCGAUGGGUGCUCAAAACCGACAAUGGGAUCGAGGCGACAGCCCAAUAUGCCAUCUUUGCAACUGGUACAACCAACAAACCGUACAUACCCAGCUUUUCUGGCCUCGACAACUUCAAAGGCACCGUGCUGCAUCCCUGCCGCUGGCCGUCCGAGCUGGACCUGAGAAAAAAGAAGGUGGGAAUCGUAGGUCAGGGCGCGUCUGGGUUGCAGAUUCUCCAGGAACUGGCCAAAGAGGACGCCGAAAUUACCGUAUUUCUGCGCAAUCCACCCACAGCCCUACCGAUGGCACAACGCCCUAUCACAGUUGCUGAGGCCGAGGAGCAGAAGAACAUGUAUCAGACUCUUUUCUACCACGCCAAGAACAAGAACGAGGCGGGCUACGCAUACAACGGUCCUCGCGCCGGUUACUUCGAUUCAACGCUUGAGGAGCGCGAGCGGUUCUAUGCCGAUCUCUGGCGUAGGGGCAGCUAUUCGAUUCUGACCUCCAAUUUCCCCGAGCACACAUACAUCAAAGAGGCCAACGCCGAGCUGUACCAGUAUUGGGCUAAAACUGUGCGAGCCCGCAUCACGGACCCGGUGAAGCGAGACAUCAUGGCGCCCCUAGAGCAAUUCCAGUGGAUCGGGACCAAGAGACCCAACCUCGAGAUGGACUACUACGAGAUGAUCGAUCGGCCCAACGUCAAGCUCGUAAACCUCAAGCAGGAUCCCAUUCGGAGCUUCACCCCUUCAGGCGUCACAACAGGCGGGCUUGAGGGAGACAUCGACCACGAACUUGACAUCGUCAUCAUGGCCACGGGCUACGACUCCGUCACAGGCAGCCUGUAUGAGAUGAACAUUAUCGACAAAGACGGCAUCAAACUGCAAGACCGCUGGGCCAACGGCAUCCAAACAUAUCUGGGCAUGUUCGCCCCUGGGCUUCCCAAUGCAAUCUGUAUUUACGGCCCACAAGCACCGUCUGGUCUUGCAAACGGUCCCCCUUUUCUCGAGAUGCAGGUCGACUGGGUCGUUCGGUUUUUGGUCAAUCUCGAAAAGGAGUCAAAGAGUACGUUUGAGGUGAAACCUGACGUAGCGAAAGCGUACGUACAGCGCAAUCUGGAGGCUUAUAGUCAGUCACUGGCCAAAGACACACCGUCAUGGUGGAACGGCUCCAAUAUACCAGGCAAAGUGAAGGAGCCUCUCUUCUGGACGCUGGGUCUUCAGGCGUGGAGGAUGGAGACGGAGGAAGCUUUGGAGGACUGUUCGCGCUUCGACUUACGUUGA